AUGGGACAAUGUGCUUCAAUAAGUUGUAAUUUUAGUAGUUAUGAAAAAACAAUUUUUGAAGACGAUGGGCCACCAUUCAGAUUCAUAAAUGGUCGGAGAUUUCAUAAUGAUGAGAAUUCAAAAUAUGUAUAUCCAAAUGAUGAGGAGGAAAUUGGAAGGUUAGAACUUCAAUACUGGCUGAUUAAAGAAGUUUGGAAAUCGAUAUAUUCUGCUCCAAUAACUCCCAAUUUGAUUGCUGAUGGGCGUGUUCUUGAUAUUGGAUGCGGCCCUGGAACGUGGAUCUUGGACUUAGCAACAGAAUUUAAAUCCACUAUAUUCAUCGGACUUGACAUCUCAAAAAGUUUUCCCCAGAACGUCAAGCCACGGAAUGCAGCUUUCAUUCAAUAUAAUGUUUUAAACGGCCUACCAUUCUCCAAUGACACCUUUGACUUUGUGCAUCAAUCCAUAUUAUCUGCAGCUUUUACCGUUGUUCAAUGGUCUCAAGUUCUCGCGGAAAUCGUUAGAGUUCUGAAACCUGGAGGAUGGAUCGAAUUCAUGGAAUAUGAUUAUGUAAUACACAGGGAGGGUCCUAUAACACAAAGGCUUAACUCUAGCUUGCUAUCAUUUUUUAAGUCACAAGGGAUCAAUCCUAUUAUUAGCGAUUUACUUCCGGAACUUUUAUCAUCAAGUCCCUUGUUAACUGAUAUACAAUAUGACCAAAGACCGCUUUUUCUUGGACAAUGGGCUGGAAAUCUCGGAGCUUUGGCCGUAGAAAUAUUUGGUGUAGAGAUUACGGCAUUAAAAGAGUACAUACAACCUUUAAUGGGUAUAACCGAUGAACAUUUUGCUGCUCUGAAAGAAGGAUUUGUUUCUGAGGUUAACAGAAAUAAAUCUUUUAUAAAAACUUUUCGGUAUUUCUGCAGGAAGGUCGCGUAA